UUGAAGCCUAAAUCAAAGUCCGGUCCAUCUCUCUCUCUCUCUCUCUCUCUCUCUCUCUGCGUAAACCCCCCAGUGAGCCAGCUAAAACCCUCCCCGCUGAAACCGAGAGAGAGAGAGAGAGAGAGAGUAUGAUGGGGAGGCAAGGCGAUUUGUGGGACGAUUCCGCUCUUCUUAAUGCCUUCGAUGACGCCAUCUCCAAAUACAAGAUAAUGCAUGGAAAAAAAUCUGGUGAUGUUUCAAAUGAUGGAGAACUUAUAAGCAGCUGCGGAGAUCAUCUUGUUGCUGAUGUUGAUGACCAUCAGGAGGCUACAAGACAGGAGGGUGCAGAUGAUAAAAGCAAUCUUCCAUCAAGUACUGUCACAGAAAUGGGAGAAAGUAGUAAUCCUUCUCUUGUCAAAGAAAAACAGUCCGUAGAUCCACAUGUACCAGAGCCGUAUGCAGAAGUUGCUCAGGAUGUGCAAAAGAGCUACUCGUAUUUGCAGGAUGCUCAUGACUAUAAUCAGUUGCUGAAUCAAUAUUAUGAGCUUGAGCAAAAAAGGCAACAGAUUAUUGGGCAGCUUCAUCAAUAUGGUAGUUGGAAUUACCAAAGUUACGGUGACGGUUCUGGUUCUACAUUCCAAGAACAUCCAUUGCCUGUAUGUCAAGCUUCCAAUCCAACUACUUUCUGCACUUGCUGCCCAUAUGCUAGCCAAUGUUUUGCUGCUCCGUGCACUUCACUUCCUUCAUGUUUCUUGGGUGGGUCAUGUGUUGGUAAAUCUUGUGCUGAUGCAUGUGAGGUAACGAAUUUUCGGAAGUCCUCCCCUCAGGUUGACAGUAACAUAGUUGAGACAGCAAUGGGUGCUGCUGAAAGAGCAAUAGCUUCAAUGAGGGAGAAAGUUUCUGGUGAUUCUAAUUCCACUGAAGGUAACAUAGAGAAGGAAAAACAUAGUACAGAAAGGGCAGUGGUUUCACCUACUAGCUCGGAGACAGAUCUUACUGUUGUCUUGAAUGCAUGGUAUUCUGCUGGCUUCUACACUGGAAAGUACCUUGUGGAGCAAUCUAUCGCAAAGAAACGGCAAAGCUAAGCAUUCUUCUACUAUUUGAAGCAGAAGCAAAAUGGUUGUGUUCCAUAUUUCGGUCCUCAAUAUUUGUAAAUGUUAUCAUGUUGGUUAUAAAGUUUUUUCAUCUCAUGCAGAAAGAACUCUCUUGUGCGAGGGAACAUGUCUUGCAAUAUUUUUUAAUGACUGCAGAAAUCUAUUCAAGCAUUAGGUUGUUGAACCCCUUUUCUUUCUUUUUGACAAAGUGCUUUGUUCUUU